AUGCCUAUCGUUUCAAUUCAAUGUUUGGAAUCUGGUCGUGUUACCCGAGGAAGAGGUAUGAUUUCAGAAUGUGAAUACGAAAUGUCAUUAGACGAACGCUGGGAAUAUCCUAGGCAAAAUUUACGUAUCGGAAAAAUACUGGGUGAAGGAGAAUUCGGACAGGUUUUUCAAGCCCAAGCGACGAAUAUUUCAGGGCGAGAAAACGAAAUUGUGAUUGUUGCAGUGAAAAUGCUCAAGGAUGAUCAUAACGACACCGAUAUGAUGGAUUUAGUAAGCGAAAUGGAGAUAAUGAAAUUACUCGGAAAUCAUCCGAACAUCCUUCGGCUCAUAGGCUGCUGUAGUCAACGAGGACCCUUGUAUGUAAUUACAGAAUAUGCUCAAAACGGAAAUCUAAAGAAUUUUUUACGAAAAUACCUCAAUGAACAGUCCAUUAAACCAUCAGAGACGACUCUCAUAUCAUACGCUCAUCAAAUUGCUCAAGGGAUGGAUUAUCUGGCAUCAUUGAAGUGUAUCCAUCGAGAUUUGGCUGCUCGAAACAUCCUCGUCACAGCUGAUUACACGAUGAAAAUAGCUGAUUUCGGCCUCGCCAGAAAUAUAAGAAAUACCGAGUACUAUAAAAAAACAUCAGACGGUAGACUUCCCAUAAAAUGGAUGGCACCUGAAGCUUUGUUCCAUAACAAAUACACAACGCAAUCCGACGUGUGGUCAUUUGGUAUUUUGUUAUGGGAAAUCGUAACGUUAGGAGGUAAUCCAUACCCUUCGAUAAAUAAUUUUGCUGGACUACAUCACGCUUUAAGUCAAAAUUAUCGAAUGGAGAAGCCCCCAAAGACGUCUACUGCUGUGUAUGAUUUAAUGUUGGAUUGCUGGAAAUAUGAACCCGAGCAUCGUCCGAAUUUCUCCACCAUCGUGAAACGUCUCACAGAAUUAUUGAAAAACUACGAGGUUGUCGAUCAGUCUAUGGAUGCAGAAAAUCCUGAUGAAUUUGAAUCAAAAAGCGCUAUAUCUACAACAGAAUCCAGUGAUGUUGAAAAUGAAGAUGAAAAGCAUCUUUUAGAGUGAUAAUUUUAUACCUAUUACCUACGUUUGUAUGAAUCAAUGAAACUGAAAAU